AUGAGAUUCAAAUGCUUUGGUUCAGAAGAGACGGAGGCAUCCUCCAAGAUCGACAGGAUGAUUGAGACUGACAGGAGAAAGUCGAGAAAGUUUGUAAAGUUGCUGCUCCUCGGUCCUGGUGAGUCGGGCAAGUCGACCAUUUUCAAACAGAUGAAGAUCAUCCAAGAAGAUGGAGGAUACUCAAGAGAGGAGCUGAUGGAGUAUCGCGCCUUUGUAUAUUCAAACUGUAUAAGCCAAAUGGAGGCAUUGCUUACUGCCUCUGCAAAGUUAAAUAUUGAACUGGAGAAACCAGAGAACAAGCAAAGAGCAGCCAAUAUAUUAAGAAGGACGAUUGGUAAUGAACCAUGGUUAUUGCUGGCGGAGGACAUCAAACACUUAUGGGACGACCGGGGAAUCAAAGACACAUACGCUCAGAAGGAUAAACAUUUCCAACUGAAUGACUCUGCAUCCUACUUCUUUGAUAAUAUAGAGAGAUACAUGAAGGAGGAUUUCAUCCCCAACGAGCAGGAUGUCCUGAGAUGCCGUGUCAGGACGACUGGUAUUCAGGAGUCAGAGUUCACAUUCGAGAAGAUCAGAUUGAAGAUUGUCGAUGUCGGUGGUCAGCGUUCACAGCGUCGCAAGUGGAUUCACUGCUUCGACUGUGUGACUGCCGUGAUCUUUGUUGCCGCCAUGAGUGACUAUGACCAAGUCCUGCGCGAGGACGAGACUGUCAACCGUACUCGUGAGUCACUUGCCCUGUUUAAAGAGAUUGUCAACUGUGACUACUUCAAGGACACACCAAUCGUACUCUUCCUGAACAAGAAAGAUCUGUUCAAGGAGAAGUUGAAGAGAGUGCCACUGCAGUCGUGCUUCAGCGAGUACACCGGUCCCAACAAGUACAAGGACGCCGCCAUGUUCAUCCAAUCACAAUAUCUAGCACAGGCACCAUCCCCCCGAACAAUUUACACACAUGCAACAUGUGCCGUCGACACUGAGAACAUUAAGGAGUCGAAUUUGCCCAGACACAACUGGCGACAAAUGUCCAGUUGGCUGUCAGGGAAUUGCAGAUAA